AUGACGAAGAACUUGUCGUCUCGAGCGCUCGUGCUGCUGCUAGUCGCGAGUAUAUCCGUCCAUACCAUCACCAGUCAAUUUGCUGAUGACCCAACGCUCUUCGGAAGUCCCCAGACGUCGCCUCUGCUCACGAUGCAGUCAAAUAUCACGUCCACAUCGUCCCAGUCUGGCUCUAGCGACGAUUUCAGCAUGACUGACGGUGGAAGUGGCAGCGAAUCUGGCAGUGACGGUGGCUUGGAAGGGUCGACGAGUGAAGGAGGUAUGGACGACAGCGAGGAUGGCAGUUACUCUGGCUCUAGCAGCUCAAGCUUGGAGUAUGAGUGCGACUGCCGAUCGGUUCGCCGGGUCUCGCUCAUGGGAGCCUCGGACUACUGCCUCGCACCAAAUGCGUCACUCAGCAGCAAGUGCGGCAACGUUGAUCUGCGUGAAGAUGGGGGCUGCCCGAUCGUUGGAGCUCAGCCGUGCUCGUCGAAGGGUCACGUCCUGACGAACGACUCGUUCUGCGCGCUGGAUAAGAAGGAUGAUACGUACAAGUGCGUGGCCAGCAAGAACGACUUGGAGAUUCAGAAGAAUGGCAAGAAGAAGAAGAAGAAUUCGAAUCGCCGUAGCGGGUCAGAAACGGCGACGAGUGCGGCGACGGUGGAGCUGGAAUUGACAGCACGUCAAGUACUGGCAAUUGUGGUUUGCGUGGCAGCCGGAAUGAUGGUGUUAGUGUAG